UUAGACCUGCCCGACUCCAGGAACUAAGGCUCAGUAUCUGCAGAAGCCUUUUGCCCAUCUCAUUCCGGCUAUGGGGACAACAUGUCUUCACCUAGGGAGGUUAGAAGAAGCACUGGAAUAGUUAAUGCUUCCAAAGAGGAUGACUCACAUGAUCUGAAUUUCCAGAAGACAUUGCCUUCAUCAAGUCAGAAAAAGACACCUGCAAAAAAGGUUUUUGGGAAUAAAGUUAAUUCAGAGAAGGUAAAAUCCUCCCAUCUGGCAUUCUCAAGUAAGAAUUAUGAUUUUCUUUUUCAGGAGCCUUCAGAAAGUGAGAGUGACGACGCUACAUGGAAUGUCAAAGACUUCUACAGAACCAGGUUGAAAGCUGUGGACACCGAGCCUGCAGGGCCAUCAAAGACUCUCUCUCCAGUGCUCCCUGGUAUGGCAUUGCACCAUGACAUUGAAAGAACUGUCUCUGAAAAGGAGCUAACUCAGUUGGCUCAGAUUAAACCAUUAAUAUUCAACAAUUCUUCGCUAUCUGCCCUGAGGGAGUCUUUGAAAAUGCUCCAGAAAAAAGAAGACUUUGAUAUCAUCCAUGAGUUUUUGGAGUUAGAACAAAUGACGAUGCCUGAUGACUUCAACUGUGGGAAUCAAGUACACAACAGAGACAAAAACAGAUACCGAGAUAUUCUUCCAUAUGAUUCAACACGUGUUCCUCUUGGAAACAACAAGGACUACAUCAAUGCUAGCUAUGUUAAAAUAGUAAAUCAUGAAGAAGAGUAUUUUUAUAUUGCUACCCAAGGACCACUGCCGGACACUAAAGAAGACUUUUGGCAAAUGGUUAUGGAAAAUAAUUGUAAUGUUAUUGCUAUGAUAACCAGAGAGAUAGAAGGCGGAAUUAUCAAGUGCUACAGCUACUGGCCCAUUUCUCUGAAUGAGCCUUUGGAACUUAAACACUUUCGUGUCUUUCUGGAGAACUCUCAGAUAACUCAGUAUUUCAUCAUUCGAGUAUUUCAAAUUGUGAAGAAGUCCACAGGAAUGAGUCACUGUGUAAAACACUUGCAGUUCACCAAAUGGCCAGACCAUGGCACUCCUGCCUCAGCAGAUUUUUUCAUAAAGUAUGUCCGUUAUGUGAGGAAGAGCCACAUUACAGGACCCCUGCUUGUUCACUGCAGUGCUGGUGUAGGCCGAACAGGGGUGUUCAUAUGUGUGGACGUGGUGUUCUCUGCCAUCGAGAAGAGCUACUCAUUCAACAUUAUGAACAUAGUGACCCAGAUGAGAAAACAGCGUUUUGGCAUGAUUCAAACAAAGGAGCAGUAUCUCUUCUGUUAUGAAAUUGUAGUGGAAGUUCUUCAGAAUCUUCUGGAUUUGAAUUGA